GUGAGAUGGGCGGCUAUAGAAAUUGGUUUAAUAAAUAAAUAAUAUUGGAAGAUAACUCCUCCCUCCGUUUGCUUACAUACAUCGAGCGAGGGGGGAACCAAAGUGCACAGCCUCCGUUUCCCUGCCGGACGGGGCUGGUACCGUACAAGCACAAACCGGAAGACGCCGCCGCCACAGCGAAGUAAACGGCCGCCGUUAGGGGAGGGGGGGCUGCGUUCGCUUUCCGAGGCAGGUGACCUCCACCGAUGGUGCAGAGGACCCGCCUUAACGAAGGCCCGUCUCCUCACGCCGUGCCGGGCCUCCUCCACCCCACCGGCGAGACGCUUACCUGACUUGGUACGUCUAAAACAACGGGGCAAAUUCGGAUCCCUAAGAGCUCAGCAGGAGGGACGGUUCCAAAAGCAUCUUGUCUGUCUGAAACAGGACCAAGGGUAGGAUGGCCCACAGCCAGGCUAAGAAAAGGCAGAGGAGUCGAAGUGAUUCCCGGAGCCGGCGAGACAAGGAGGAGGACAGGAAAAGGAGGAAGAGCAGCAAAGAUUCCCGAGAGAGGAAGAGCCGGUCUCCCGCAAGCAGAAAAGAAUCUGAAGCCCUGGAGUUCAGGAUGGGUUUACCCUCUUCCAAAGAAGUGAAAAAGAAGAAAAAAGAGAAGAAGAAGAAGAGGAAAAGGAACACCAGCUCCUCUUCCUCCCGGACCUCCUCCUCCUCCUCAUCUUCCGGAUCGGCGUCCUCUUCCAGUGCCUCUUCGGAAGAGUCCAGCCACGAAAAGCCCGAACGCGAAAGAAAAAAGCAGAGGAAGAAGAAGGCAUCCAGAGGGAAAGAUAAGAAGCGGAAGAAGCGAAAAGAGAAGAAAAAGAAGAAGAAGAAGGCCAAGAAGGAGAGAGGGAAGGAGGAGGAAACCCAGAAGGAGGAGCUGCCCGGGCCUUCCUUGGAGCAGUGGCAGAAAGAGGCUGUGCCGGAUUCCGGGCCUGCCCUUACGGACGAGCAGAAAUUCCGCAUCCAAGCCAUGAAGCCGAUGACAAAAGAGGAAUGGGACGCACGCCAGAGCGUCAUACGGAAAGUCCUUGACCCCGAAACAGGCCGAAUGAGGCUUAUUAAGGGCGAUGGCGAGGUCCUUGAGGAGAUUGUUACAAAAGAAAGGCAUAAAGAAAUUAACAAGCAAGCCACCCGGGGAGACGGCCUUUCCUUCCAGACGAAGAUGGGGAUGCUGCAGUAACAGGGCGGACUCCUGAGAUGGCAGAGGUGGCUUCCUGGCUGUUCGCAAAGGUUUUGCCCAAACAAGGCCUGUCAGAAUGCCAGAUGAGAAGGCAGGCCCUGCUCUAAGCCACAGUUACCGCAUGCUGGGUUUACGCCUGGGGGGGGCCACUCCCCUUUUGCUACAGGGGCUCCUUGAUUUCUCAGGGGUCAUUUCAGCUGCUGUUCUCAGCUCCCUCUCAUUGACUGUAGGGGGUAUAGUUCCACCAGGUUCUUCCUGGGAAAAAGAGAGUGGGAAGCAGGUGAAAGACUUAGGGAUUCAGGGCUGGUGGUGGUCAGAGCUCCUGACUGCUUUCUCCACGGCAAAGGGCCCCUUCUGAGCAAUUCCUUGUGGCUAAAGAGGCUCCCAAUCUCCUGAUCUCUAUUCUGCUAUCGGGCAGGGAAGCUGUGCCAAGGAGCAAUUAAUUCCCUCUUGUCCUCAGAAAAUAUCAGCAUUGCCAGCCAUGCAAUCCCUCCAUCAGAGACCAGGGCACUGCAGUGAGCUUUGGCUCUCAUUACGAGGAGGGAGAAUGACUCAUCCUCUCCCUGAUCUCGCCAGGGAACAGAGCGCAGGCCUGUGGCUCUCCUUCAGGUCCGCCUUGUGAGCCCCCCCCCUCCCCUUGAGCAAGGAGGCACAAGAGCUUCAGGGGAGUCUGGCAUGAGGCCUCCAGGCCCAGUUCUCCAGCUGCCCCAGCUUCUCUUCCUCCAGGCAAAGGGCUCAGCUUUUUUAAAGGCGUGCUGGCUUUUUGGCCAGGGAGAGUAAAGACCAGGUUUAGGAUUUCCAAAUGGGCGAUUCUGGAUUCUAGCUGUGGCAGGGCUGGGAGGAUUUUGGCCCUCCCCAGUUGAUAGGACUUCAAAGAACAUCUGGAAGGUGGCCAGUUGCUCAGCCCUGGCGUGCAAUUUGACAUUUCACACUCUGCCACUGAUAAAGGCAAAGAAAUGCGUUUUAGCCUCCUCAGCUUGUAACAGGACGUCUCGCAAACCUACUCUCUGUCUGUGCCAUUAGCUUAAUUCUGCACUGGUUGCCGCUGGUUUAAUUUAAUUUAAUUUAAUUUAAUUUAAUUUAAUUUAAAUUU